AUGUCUGCAGAAACAGUUGCAGAUACUUUUGUCAGCGGUUGGAUAUCGCGAUUUGGCGUCCCUAUUACUGUUACCACGGAUCAGGGUCGUCAAUUUGAAUCCGCUUUAUUCCGUCACUUAAUGCAGUCCUGUGCAACUCGUCGAAUCCGUACAACUAGUUACCAUCCCUGCGCAAACGGCAUGGUGGAACGCAUGCACCGUCAACUCAAAGCAGCUUUAAUGUGUCACGGCGAUUUAUGGAUAACCGCGUUACCUUGGGUUCUUUUAGGUAUGCGCACAGCAGUUAAAGAGGAUCUAAAGACCUCCUCGGCUGAACUUGUAUUGGGAGAAACUCUUCGCUUGCCGGGUGAAUUUGUUACACCAUCUGUCACUUCAUCAACCAUCAAAGAUCCUACCGACUUCAUCACACAGCUUCGUGCCACCAUGAAUAAUAUCAUGCCCACGCCAGCGUCACAUCAUUCCAAUCCGCCAACUUUCAUUUAUAGGGAUUGGCCUUCCGCCACUUACGUUUUCCUAAGAGAUGACAGCAUUCGGCGUCCUUUGCAGGCUCCUUAUACAGGGCCUCACAAAAUUUUAUGUAAGCGUGACAAAACCGUCACUCUUGAAGUCCAGGGUAAAAAAAUGGAGGUCAGUCUGGAUCGUGUGAAGCCUGCUCAUAUCAUGCACGAGUCCUCACACCCAUCCACACUUUCAUCUUCCAUUCCUUCAACUUCAUCUUGUCCGCCAAUCACAACUUUUCCUCAUUCGCCACCAUUAUCUUCCUCCCAAAUACCCUCGCCUUCCUCGUCACCACUAAUUCCUUCUAACCAACCUGUUUCAGCUGCAAAACCUAUAGUUACCAGGUCAGGACGGAGAAAAACAACACGCAGUUGGAUCGAGAGCACCUUCCAAAAAAGAGAGUGCAAGCAGUUCGUGGCCAGCGCGAAAGAUGAGCAUGUAUGCUGGUGUGGUCUAAGCAAGACAGCUCAUGGGGCGAACGUGGCAAUUGCAGCUCCAGGAGAGGCGUGGUUACCAGCGAGACACACGCAAGCAGCACCCACUGACGCAUACGGCACGGUUGAGUUCCAAGGAGGCCCACAUCCCACUAAAGCGCAGUAUGUCCGUCUGUCCCAUGACACCCGUCCCGAGCUAAUAGUCCAGCUGCUGACAAGAGAGUGGGCUCUAGACAGACCUAAACUCCUGAUUACAAUCCAGGGUGGAAAAGCCAAUUUCGAUCUAAAGCCUAAAUUGAAGAAGGUUUUGAGGAAAGGUCUCUUAAAAGCGGCAAAGACUACCGGUGCCUGGAUUUUUACUGGAGGAACUAACACGGGUGUAACACGUCAAGUGGGUGACGCACUACAGCUGGAGAGAUCACAGCGUGCUGGCAGGGUUGUCAGCAUCGGUAUAGCACCGUGGGGUAUCGUAGAGGGUGCUAACGAGCUCAUCGGUAAAGGAAGAGAUGUGCCCUACCACGCGAUAGCUUCACCAAGAUCAAAAUUAGCUGUACUUAACAACAGACACGCGUAUUUCCUGUUAGUGGACAAUGGAUCGGUCGGUCGAUAUGGGGCUGAGAUUGUCCUUCGUAGAAAACUUGAGAAGUACAUUGCUGCACAGAAAUUACAUCCAUACACCCACUCAUCAACUCCUGUGGUGUGUUUAGUAAUCGAAGGAGGUACUAACACAGUGCGAGCAGUGUUGGAGUAUGUGACUGACAAUCCUCCUGUGCCAGUAGUGGUCUGUGAUGGCAGUGGAAGGGCAGCUGAUCUUAUUGCUUUUGUUCACAAGUAUGCAUCGGAGAGCGGAGAACAAACAGUGCUGGAGUCGAUGCGGGACUUUGUAAUAGGCACCAUACAGAAAACCUUCGAAGUUGGACUCCAACAAGCAGAGUGUCUGUACAGCGAAUUAUUGCAAUGCACGCGGAAAAAGAACUUGAUAACAGUGUUCAGAAUACAAGAGCGAGCAGAAGGUGGUGAAGUCCAGGAGUUGGAUCAAGUAAUCCUUACAGCGCUGUUCAGGGCCCAACACUUGUCACCCAGUGAACAAUUAUCACUCGCGCUUACGUGGAACCGCGUCGAUAUCGCCAGGUCCGAAAUCUUCGUGUACGGACAAGAAUGGCCUCCAGGUGCUCUCGAUGAAGCAAUGAUGCAGGCUCUGGAACACGAUCGAAUAGACUUCGUCAAACUACUUCUAGAGAAUGGUGUAUCAAUGAGAAAGUUCCUUACGAUACCUCGAUUAGAAGAGCUCUACAACACCAAGAGUGGACCCAGCAAUACCCUGAGGUACAUCUUAAGGGAUGUCAGACCCCAUCUGCCUAGGGGUUACGUGUACACCCUGCAUGAUAUCGGCUUGGUGAUCAAUAAACUCAUGGGAGGUGCCUAUAGGUGCUACUACACUCGCCGCAAGUUCCGUCCGAUCUACGCUAAAGUGAUGAAUAAAAGUGUCAACGUACACCGCAACAGUGCAUCGUUCACUCGCCAUAAUGCCGGGGGCCUCUCCCUCAUUACAGGGUUUAUGCCCGUCACCACUGAAAUGGCGCUCUUUGAUUAUCCAUUCAAUGAGUUAUUGAUGUGGGCAGUACUAACAAAAAGACAUCAAAUGGCGCUGCUAAUGUGGACUCAUGGCGAAGAAGCGCUGGCUAAGUCUUUAGUUGCAUGCAAAUUAUACAAAGCCAUGGCUCAUGAAGCUGCUGAAGAUGAUAUGGAAACAGAGGUUUAUGAAGAGUUAAGACAUUAUGGAAAAGAAUUCGAAACAAAAGCAUUAGAGUUGUUAGAUUACUGUUACCGUCAAGAUGACGAUCAAGCACAGCAACUUCUGACUUGUGAACUUCAAAACUGGUCUGGACAAACGUGCUUGAGUCUAGCAGUAGCGGCGAACCAUCGGGCUUUAUUAGCUCAUCCCUGCUCGCAAAUUAUACUAGCCGACCUCUGGAUGGGCGGACUCAGAACUAGAAAGAACACCAAUCUAAAGGUAAUUCUGAGCCUGCUGUGUCCACUCUACAUUCUCCAACUGGAGUUCAAGUCGAAGGAGGAGUUGCAGCUGAUGCCCCAGACUGAGGAAGAGCACUUCGAAAAUGAGAGCAUGGAGGACGACAGAAGCACCAAGGAUCCCAACGAUGUCGAGGUUGGCGUUGUGAAAAGGCGCACGCUUUCUAUCAAGAAGAUAAUACCUCCGGGGCAACAGAGUAAAACACCAAAGGCGUUGAUUGGCUCAGGGGCCGAAUGUGAAACUCGUGUCGAUCAGAAUGGGAAAGUUGGUAAAAUAGGGUGGGAGCCCUCGUACAGAGAGUUGCCGGAAUAUCACGCGCCGGAAGACAAGAGGAUGAGACCCCUGCGGCUUAGGAAGAAAAUUUAUGAGUUCUUUACGGCACCGAUCACCAAGUUUUGGGCUGAUUCUAUUGCCUAUAUAUUGUUCCUAUUGAUGUUUACAUAUACAGUAUUAGUUAAGAUGGCGCCGACGCCAUCUUGGCCAGAAAUAUAUUCCAUAUGUUAUAUAUUAACGUUCUUAUGUGAGAAAGUAAGAGAAAUUAUUACGUCCGAACCAGUUGCUAUUAGACAUAAGUUCAGUGUGUGGGCCUGGAAUAUGUGGAAUACAUAUGAUGCAGGAUUCAUUAUAUUUUUUCUGGUCGGCCUCACCCUCAGGUUAAGGGCCAGCUCUAUGGACGUCGGUAGAGUUAUAUACUGCGUCGAUAUCAUAUAUUGGUACUUAAGGAUACUGAAUAUAUUGGGAGUUAAUAAGUACUUAGGUCCUCUAGUCACGAUGAUGGGUAAGAUGGUAAAGAAUAUGAUAUACUUCGUGGUGCUAUUACUCGUGGUGCUUAUGUCGUUUGGUGUGGCGCGGCAGGCCAUACUCUAUCCUGAUAAGGACGCUAGCUGGUAUCUCAUUAGGGAGGUGUUCUUCCAGCCAUACUUCAUGUUGUACGGUGAAGUGUUCGCCCCGGACAUCGAUCCCGAUUGUGGCCUGGACAUCAGCGAUAGGAAGUGUGUCACGGGCCGAUGGAUAACACCUAUUGCCAUGACGAUAUACCUGCUCGUCGCCAACAUAUUGCUUAUAAACCUACUCAUUGCAGUAUUUAACAAUAUAUUUAACGAAGUCAAUGAAAUCUCGCAUCAGGUAUGGAUGUUCCAAAGGUUCACUGUGGUGAUGGAGUAUGAGCAAAAGCCGGUACUUCCACCACCCUUGAUCAUCUUCUGCCACAUAUACGCGACUUGUAAGUGGGUGACCAGGAAUGUUUCACACAAACGUUUCCAGUAUGACAAUGGACUGAAGCUGUUCCUUGAAAAGGAGGAUAUGGAGCGGCUGUAUGACUUCGAGGAGGAGUGCGUCGAAGGGUAUUUUAGGGAACAAGAAGUAAAAUUAUCUAAUUCUAUAGAGGAAAGAGUAAGAAAUACAACUGAUAAAGUAGAACAUAUCACGACCAAAAUGGAAGACUUAAAUCAGAAAGCUAAUUGCCAAAUACAAUCAAUACAGAGUGUAGAAUUUAGGUUAAGGAAGUUAGAAGAUACUGCAGAACAGACUAUGAACCAUUUAGCUGUCAUACAUCGGUUCAUGGCCACCCAUCCAUCUCUUGUAAAUAGAGGUUCCACAGACACCCUGGGACCACCACCACCAUUGACCUUCCAAUCUGCAGGCAGCAGACUUAGAACUGCUAGCGACAGAUCUGAGGUGCUGUCGGAUAGUGACACGGGCGCGGCCCGCUUCGCCGUCCGCCCUGUGCAAGAGGAGGACGAACACGACUCCCAGCCCUCCGACGAUGAACUUGUACAAUCAGGUCCUGAAACUGGCCCACAGAAGGAACCUGAAGCUGACUCAGUUUCUACGUCGUCAGGUGGUAGUGUGGCUGUUCCAGAUGUAACUGUAAUUAGACCUCAACCACCUAUCACACCAGCAAGACAACGUUCCUCAGAUAGCAAUAGAACAGAGCCCAGUGAUGAAAAGAAAGUGCCAUCAUCGACCGAUGACGCCUUCCUGCCAGAAGUACCCGAAAUGCCGUCAGAUCUUCAAAGCCUGCGUCCUCGCACCACCUCUGCCGGUACUCGACGUACUGCUAAUACUAGACGGCGUUCGGAAGGCGGCAACGACUGUGGGAUGGGUGGUCACCACUCAGCCCAGCACUUGGCGCCGCGCAGACAGCACAGUCAGACUCACUCCGAACCUGACAACUCAGCAGUCGAUGCGGGUUCAGUUCAUAACUCUACAACAGGUCGUCAAUGUGGUUGGGAGGCCACAGGGGGCGCGACAGGAGUCCCGCCCGGCCGUACCCGGGUGGGGGCUCCUCCACGAUCGUUGCUACUGGCCAUGCACGAGUAUACCAGCAUCACUGAUGAACUGGAGACAGUGUAUGGACUGUUCUCACCGCCACAUACUCCCAGAACACCAAUCACCUCGCGUCUCCUGUCCCCCGCCAGAGCGGCCUCUCCUUCUGUACGCAGACGUCACGCCAGUGAAAUGUCAAACCCUGAGUUUGCACUUUUCAUGGAGAAAGAGCAUCUGCGAGGUGCCGAAGAAGAUGACUACAUCAUCAUGGAGAACCUCAUACAGCGGCGAUAUGAGGAAGAGGCAGCCGAGGGUGGGGAGGGGGGGAGUGGUGAGCCGGGGGGCAUCAGUAUCAGUGUCUGCGUGAACAACAGCGGGGAAGAACAGACUUCCGGCCAACCACAUCAAACGACUACGUUACUUACUGUCAGCGAUAGACGUUUGCCACACCAAAGGCAUUCUCUACGGAGGUCUUCAGCUAUCGACAGUCGCGAGCUGCCGUCACCGUUACAGCCGCUGCUGGGUGACGACUCUUGUGGAGAGGUGCUUCUACCUGUGCCUAGGCAACCGUCAGGUGACACGAACGCAUCAAGCGAUCUAUCGCUAUCGCAUAUGGUAAGCGAAAACCUUCCGCCACGACCUUCCAUAGUGCUGGACUCGUCGCAGCUGCCGCGCCAAAGGUCCGCUGAACAGCCACAACAGCCGCAACCUCCCACGCCAGCCAGACCCGAGACCAUGUGCUAGAAGAG